UCCUACUUCAGUUAGAGAUGAUGAUGAUGAAGAUGAGGAUGAUGAGGAUGAUGAUGGAGAUCUUUCCAAGUAUGAUAUUUGGGGAGAUGCUGAUGAUGACGACACAACCAAAGAUGACAAGAGUAAGAAUGGUAAAGAAUUGGAUGACUCCCCUCGGAAAAGUCACACAUCUUCAAGAUCAAGGUCAAGGUCCCGUCACUGGUCAAGGUCAAAAUCCCGAUCGAGGUCACAUUCCCCAGGAAGGCGGAGUUCCAGGUCCAACUCAAGGUCAUGUUCCCGCUCUUCCAGAUCUUCCAAUUCUAGAUCUAGGUCCUCGAGGUCUUCCUCAAGGUCAUGGUCAAGGUCACGUCGGAGGAGAAGCAACUCUACAUCCAGAUCCCCCAGCUCAAGGAGGAGGAGAUAUAGGUCAAGGUCACGGGAUCGUUCAAGUACGAAGAGAAGGAGAGGAUCACGCCGGUCUCGCUCCCGUUCUCGCUCCAGGUCGAGAUCAUAUUCCAGGGACCGCAAGCAUACAAGGAAGUAGGAACGAACCAUUGCUGGAGAUAUUGUAUAAAGGUGGCUUCAUUCAUGCUCAUGCCAGGCCAAAGCUUGCUGCCCUAAAUGCUUUCAUUAUGUGAGUGCAUAGUAGAAGUAAGACAUGCUUACUUAAGAAACAUUAUUUUGUCUGAACUUACUCCUGAUGCUGAGUGUUCCCAAUAGUAAGUAUAAUUAUGAGUAUUUGUUUUUUCUUUUUUUCUCUCAAUCUCUUUUAUUAUAUUUUCUACUGUUUUGCUGUAAUUUGCAUAUAUAUAUUUCUUUUCUUUUCUUUUCUUUUCUUUUCUUUUAUUAUUUUUAUUUUUUUCUUUUUUUUCUGUGAACUUGCAAUAGAGUUUUCAGAUAUUUUGAAAUGACUGAAACUUCCAUGUGUGUUUAUCAUGAUUUUAUUAUUUUUAAUUAUUAUUAUUAUUAUUAUUAUUAUUAUUAUUAUUAUUAUUAUUAUUAUUAUAAUAUGGAUAUAAAGUCAUCAUGGGAAAAUUUUGAAUAUGCAAAGUUGUCAUUUGAAAUACCUUACCAGCCAGCUUUAGUGUAUUAUUUUUGUAUUUUAUUUCUAUGAUUUGUUUCUAAUGCUAACACAAAAGUUAAAUCUUACUUGAAAAAGAGCUCAAAGUCAGCUCUCUAUGACAAACAGCAAAUAUACUACAAAAGGUAAAAGAAAAAUGUUCAUGUCAGAGAGAAACAGAGCAAGCCAAUGUGGCAUAGAUAUUGGGAGGCUCUGUGUGAAAGAAUUGACAACAUAUUUUUCAAACACAAAAGUAUUGGUGCAUAUCAGCACUAUAUAUUCAAAAUAGUCAUGUAUCAGUUGAAUAUUGUAUUGGAAUUAUUGAAAUGUAUGACACUUCAGAAAAGAAUGUGAAUCAAGUUUGCACAGAUACAAAUUGUCUCUCAUUGCUUGUUGUGGGCAAGUAGAGAUAUUAACACUGCUGUAUAGUGGUAUAUAAAAAGACAAUUCUGACAGACAGAAUGAUAGGCAUAGACUUACUAGAUUCUAAAAAAACACAGAAAGUAGGAGUUAACAGUAAAUCUAGAGAAGUAUACGUCUAAAUAUACUCAUUACAUAUAAAACUAUAUUAAAAUUAUUAAAUUCGUUUGAAAAAUUUCCCAAUUUUUAUGACAAAGUAUGAGCAUAAUUAUUGAAAUAUAUGUAAUAUUUGCUGUGUGUAGAUCUGGAUUGUUUUCAAUUAGUUAAUUUUGAUUUCAAUCCAUGUUGCUGCAAGGGAACAGCAAGCAGUUUACUUUAUUAGUGUGUAAGAGAUGUGUCUACAUGUAAGAAGUAGUCACAGUGAAGUCCAUUUAUUGUUUUGUGAAAAGUUUUGAGCAUUGGAAUGUGGCAUUGUAUUUAACUUGGCAAAUACAUUUGGGAGCCAUGAAAGACUUCUGAAUUUGUAAAGUAGAAUAUUAAAAUUAGCAUUUCUUGUAAAUUUGUUGUCUCUUGUGCCACAGUAAGUGUACAUGGUAAACUUGUCAUUGCUUUUUUCUAUACACAUAUAUAUAAUCUGUGUGCAUAAUGUACAGUGAUAUUGGACCUUCCAGUGGCCUUUGCUUUGAAUAAGAUUGUAUUGAGAUGAUUUUCCUUUUUUGUAGUGCAUUUAAGCUGACUUCUAUUUCAUCAAAAUUCUUUGUCAUAAUACAUUCAAGUUUCUUUAUUUGUUUUGAGUUUGAUGUGGACUUCCCCUGUUAUAGCCAGUGAAAACCUACAUUGAGAUGUAAAUGAUCACAUUUGAGAACUUGUUCAUUGUACUUUAAUGGUGGAAGGGCAAGAGAAAUUUGAAGUAUGCAUAUUGUAGUAGCAUAUUGUUGGUAUUAACUUAUGCUUAUGAUUUUGAAAUAUGUUUUGAUGAUUUAUAUAAGCAUUAUGUUUGAAUUGUAAAUCUUCUAGCAAGCAGAUUCUAAUAUUUCCUUUAUAUACAAUAAGAAUUUAUCAAAGAUAAAAGUUAAACAAACUUAAGAUUACAUCUCAUUUUUAAAGGUAUGAAUGUGAAAUAUUGACCACUUUAAGUUGGCUCCUCUUUCAUUAAGUGAUCAUGACAAUUUUCUGGUACAGCUGAUAUUUGUUUGUAUUAAUAAUUUGUAUUAUAUACAUAUCAGGAUGGAUGAUCAUAGACUUUGCCAACCCUUGCAGUUCAAGUAUGCAAAAUACACAUUGUGCUUUGGGUUACAAGUGAAAUAGAGAUACUGUCAAUAACCAAAUCCCAGAAAUGUGAUUUAGCUUUUAGAAAAUGAGUGGUUUCACAAGUGAUCAUAACUGUAAAUUGUUAGAAAUAAACCUCUCAAAGAGUUGGAAGUAUUUGUCCCUAAGAUAGACAGUUUUUAUGAUUUUGUCUUGGUACUAGAAGACUUUCAGAAACCUCUGUUGUAAGAGCAAACUGUAAUAACAUAUAUUAAUAAAAAGCUUGACUCCCAGACAGAAUGAUAUGAACACCUGAAAAAAGCUGUUAGUGCUGCCUUUUAGGCUAAACACAUUAAGCUGCAUCAUGAUGAGAAAAAAAGUAAAUUGUGAUAUUGCUAAUGAUUUGGGAUGACAUUUGAUGUAGUCAAAAGAACAUACACCUUUGCUUUGCACUUGCAUUGCAUAUUACAAAUAACCUAAUAAGGGGCAGAGAAAUUUGCAUCAGACCUUGUUUAAUGUUCUUGAUUUUUGGAACUCAAGAAACGCUUUCCCACAUAGAUUUAGAGUUGUGAAAGCUCAUUUUGAGUUGCAUCUUUCUUAGAAAAUAGCCUGAGCAUUCUAAUUUUCUUGUACCCCCAAAAAUUAUUUUGUCUUUGAGAGUCCCCAUAUUUGCUACAUGCAAUGUUUCCCAUCAGAAGUCCCUUACAUACUCUCAAUAUUUCUUUGUCCUCUGUUUAUAUUUGUUUAAUGGUGUUACAUUCCCUAUAUUAAAUGUUGAAGUUGCACAAUUUAAACAUGUUUUGUACACAACUCAGUGCUUAUAUUCAGUGAUAUAUCCAAACAAAUGCAUUUGUAAGUUUGUAAAUGUCCUAUAAUGGAGUUCAUAAGCGGCAAGUAAAGUCAUAAAGCAGUUGUAUGAGCAGGGCAGAGCUUGCAAAAUAUGUCAUUUUAUAUUCAUAGAUAUGUAUUGCUGAAUAAGAUUUGUAGUUAAAAUGUAAAGUUAAUACAUUGUGUUCUGUGGAAAUAUUCUCUCAUUAUACCAUAUAUUCAGCAAAUUAUUUAAAGAAAGUGACUUAUUAUGAGGGGUUAUAACACAAUUCCUUAAAUCAUAGCAGUUUGACAUUAGAUGGCCUUGGAAUCUUGAGCUCGUCUUGCUGUAACACAAGUGUACCCUUUUGUUCAUUGAUUUGGAAUAAAUGGUAAUGAUUGACAAAAAGGCUGCUUCUCUUCUGUUACAUGAGUAUAUAGAGCAGAGAAAAAAAAUAUUAGAAAAAGAAAGUAAAAAAAAAAAAAAAAAAAAAAAAAAA